GUUGACAUGCAGUGUUCAGUCCACUCACACCUCCUCCGCCUUCCGGACACUUGCAGACUGAUUCCUGUACUCUCGAACUUCGCAUUAAAACUUUCAUGGCUGAUCGCUCAUCCUCUCAACUACUUCCCCUCCUCUCCGAACCCUAAUCUUCGCGAUUUAGCUUCCAUUCGAGGUAAUGCGAACUUCUUCCGCCUUUUUACUUGAACUUUUCAUGAGGUUGGAUGUGGUGAAGUUCUUUUCGUGGGCUCCCCAAUUGUCAUUCCAAGAAGGAAGUUUGAAUCCUUUGUUAUUUUCCUCCAUUGAUGGAAAGGUCUUGCUCCUGAUUUUGGGAAGAGGAUAUCAUAUAUAAGAAACUGAAAAAGCAGUAGUGGUAAAAAAAACACCCUUACCAUGAGUGCAACAGGUGUAUGCCCAACCGAGGAUGCCAUACUUGCAUUAUUGGAUUACUUAGUUGAACCUAUGCUUCCUUCAAAGUCAUCUUCAAUAGAAAAUCCACCACUAGCUCUACUGCAAUCAGUUGCAAAACAGAUGCAUGCCGUUGUUUUGUUAUACAACUACUACCACAGGAAACAACACCCACAUCUUGAAUUUUUGAGUUUUGAGGCAUUUUGCAAAUUAGCUGUGGUCGUUAAACCAGCUUUGUUGUCUCACAUGAAACUCAUGCAAAGCUCUGAUGAUAUUGAAUUGGAAAAUCCCGAGAAGCAGCUUUCUCCAUCCGAAAAAGCAAUUAUGGAUGCAUGUGAUUUAGCCACUUGUCUAUAUACAUCAAAAGAUGAAAAUAUAGAGGGCUGGCCCCUUUCCAAGGUUGCCGUUUUUUUGAUCGACUCCAAGAAGGAGCAUUGCCAUUUGCUGUUUAGUUCCAUCACUCAAGGAGUUUGGUCUGUCAUUGAACAAAAUUUAGAUACCUAUGAAUGCCAACCAAAAAGCGUGGAAGAGGAAAAACAUGUAAACAAAAAGAAAAGAGUGAUUAAGAAACCUUCAAAAGAGGGGCUAGUUGUUGUUGAAACUAAGACUCAGCAGCUUGCAUAUUCAGCAGUCAAGGAAGCAACUGGCAUUAAUCAACACGAUCUCAAAAUUUUAGAAAGUCACGUUGCCUACUCUCUAAGUAAAGAAAAAUCAGCAGUCUACUUCUACAUGAUGCAGUGCACUCGAUCAGCAACUGAAGAUGUAAUUCAAGUUCCAAUAAAAGAUGCCUUCGACAGUUUGCAGGAUUCGUUGUUUAAAAAAAAUGGUAGGAGAUGGAGCGUUACUUCAAAAGUUGAGUACUACCACAUUCUUCCUUAUGUGAAGAUGGUGCUAACCUGGUUUCGUAGGGAAACUUUAACAGAUAAUUUGGGAGUCGUAGGUGGAGAAAAGAUUGAUGAAAACCUGAACAAGCCUAAGAGAAAAGAUGUAACCAGGAAGCUUGGAACUCAAAACAAUCAAGACGAUGCUACUACAAACAAUAUGAAUAAAGGCACUAGCAUUUAUGAUGCAGUAUUGGAGAGAUUGCCUGAUAAAACGAACUGUAUGAGUAGUUUGCAUGAUGCGAUCUGCAGGCCCCAGAGUCCUAGUGUGGAUGACUUGGUUCCCUCCAAUCCAAUGGAGAAGAGGAAGGGUGUACUGACUCCCACCCAAGUUAUCAUGUCAUAUGUAAAGAAAAUACAUGGUAGUCCAGUUUACAAUCACUAUGAAGCAACUAUCCCAUGUUCGGUGACUGGUAGGCAAGUUUACAAUCACUAUGAAGCAACUAUCCCAUGUACAGUGAAUGAAUCGAAGGCUUCAGAGAGUGGUAUCAAAGUCGAGGAUGGAAUACUAGCAACAAACCCGUGUAUUGCUGAAGGCAGUGGUGAAAAGGUUGCUUCUGGCAAUCUCUCUGACAAUAUUUCAGAUCAAAAUAGGAAUGACGAUCAUGCUCUCAUCACCUGUCAAUCGAACGCAAAGCAUCUUUCCAAGAUGCAGGCAAUUAUUUCGAAAGAAACAGCAUUGUCACAAGCUGCCAUUAAAGCUCUAAUUAGAAAGAGGGAUAAACUGUCUCAUCAACAGCGCAUAAUUGAAGAUGAGAUAGCUCAGUGUGAUAAAAAUAUGCAGACAAUAUUAAGGGGUGAUGAAGAUGAUUUUGUUGUAAAGCUGGAUUCUGUGAUUGAAUGUUGUAAUGAUGUAUGUCUAAGAAGCGCAGCUGAAGACAAACCUUAUCAAUACUCUGAAGAAAACUGCUCAUCUCAACUAGUCACAAGGAAGAGAUUGUCAGAAGAAAUUCUCUGCAUACGGAAUCCAUGUCAGGAACUGGACGAUAUAUGUCAUAAGAAUAAUUGGAUAUUGCCAGUCUAUGGAGUUUCGUCAUCAGAUGGUGGAUUCCAAGCUAAUGUAAUAUUAAAAGGGAUGGAUUUUGAGUAUUCAAGCAACGGCGAAGUGUGUCACAAUCCUCGUGAGGCCAGGGAAUCAGCUGCAAUGAAGAUGUUAGGUCAACUAUGGAGGAUGGCGGCAAGUCAGCCCUAGUUCUUGGAGCCCCUUUCAUGUAAGAUAUGUUUUAGUAUGCUCUCCAAGAUUGUGCAGUCUGAGGUAGUUUCUUUAGUGGGAGUACCAAUCAAGAUAACUGUUCACAAUUGUUCAUGAUGCUUUUCGAAUUUAGGAUUUGCCUCAUUACUAUUUCCUUUUUAGUUUUCUGUUCUGUUCAUAUUUUUGCUUGCAAUUUCUUUAGCUUGAUCUA